CUACUUUCAUUUGAAUUUUAUUUUUAACCUAUUAACAUUCUAUUUUAAUACAAAGAUUUCAUUUUCAAGAUAAAAAUCAUUAAUAAUUUGGAAUUUUUUUUCAAAUAUUAAUCAUUAUAUUUAUUAAUUUAGUAACAUCAUUUAAUCUUUGUAAUCUUUAUUUGUGUUAAUACGGAAGAGCGCCAACCCGUCGAUCUUAUCAUAUGUAUAAAUUCUAAAAAUUUUCCGUUUUCAAACGUUAUUGAAGUCAUCAUUACUUAAAUUUUUUUUUCUUUCUUCAAAUAAUUUUUUAAAUAUUAAAAAAUGUCUAAGUUGUUCUGUUUAAAAAAAAACUCAAAUAAUGCAAGCACUAGUACGUCAUCCACCUCCACUAUCCCUUCCUCGCUUGUAUCUGAUUUAGACAAAUUAAACUUCACUGAAGAACGUUUAAAACGCUAUGUAGAUGAGACAAAUACUCUAUCUUCCGAUACAACAUUGGUUAGUAAUACUCAAAAAGAAUUAAAGAAUAAAGUUAAAAUUUUACGAGAAAAGGCUAUAUCUAAAACGCUCAACAACAUCAAACGUUCAAUGGAAGUCGAUCUUUGUUUUGUUUUAGACUGCACCGGAUCUAUGCAACCUCAUAUUGCUGCUGCCAAAGAUUGUAUUUUACAAGUGUUAAACUACGUUAAACAUGUAAAUCCAAGCAUUAAACCUCGAGUUGGUUUUUGUGGCUAUCGAGAUCACUACAAUGGAUUAAAUCGUCUGCAGAUUUUUGAUUUUAACGACCAAUAUGACCAAUUUACACAGUAUAUGCAAAAUGUAUUACCCAUUGGAAAUGAUGAUCUUCCGGAGGAUGUUCUUGGAGGUCUUAAUGCAGCAAUAACUCAAAUGGAUUGGAAAAGUGACACUCGGGUUCUUCUUCAUAUUGGUGAUUAUCCACCACAUGGUCGUCGUUUCACAUCCUUAGAAGAUGAUAAGUACCCGGAUGGUGAUCCAAAUGGAUUAACUGCAGAAAACGUACUAGAAAAUAUGCAAUCAAAAAAUAUACUUUACUUUUUUGGAAAAAUUACGAGUGAAACUGAUAAAAUGCUUGAAAUAUUCCGUGAUAUAAUUGGUGAAUUUCCUGUAUUUGAUCUUGUAGGAGGAGAUCCAAUUAAACUACUUGAAAAAUUUAUUAAAGCCGCUUCGACAUCUAUUACUUUUGCCGUUUCAUUAACUAGUACUAUUGGAAGCGGAAACAGUUCCAAAGAAAUAUAUUCUUUUCAACGAAAAAAACUUGAUAUGAAUCCAAAUGAGCCUGAUUGGAGUACUCUUCCAUUCCAAAUAGGAGUAACUAUGUGGUAUCAUAUUCCUAAAUCUCUUGAUGGACUAAAAAAUCCAAAAUAUUUUAACAAAUCAAAUCUCACUUCUAAAAGUUUCUACUUUAAGAUUGCUUCCCAACCAUUUUCUGCAGGCGUUGAAAAAUAUGCAUAUUUUGGUCGUGAUAUCAAAAGUAUUCCAACAAAAGAUGCGGUAAUAAAAGAAUAUCUUCAUGAUGGAAAAGGUAAUCCUCUUGAAAAGUAUCUUGAGGCAGUAGAAAUCUCUACAGUUGCAUAUUUUCUUUCUCGAGAAUUUAAUUUCAUUGCAAGGAAAAAAAAUCUUCCCAAAGUAAAUUUUCUUGAUGUGAGACUUUUACGUAGUGGUACUAUUGACCUUCAUACUCGAUAUUAUACUAUCGAACCAAGACUUAAAGAUGCAGAGUAUAAACGAUUCAAUACAAAUACCGGUGUAAUUACAGAACUUCGACCUACUCUUGAAGCAUUUGUUCAUUUCACAUAUGAAUAUACUAAAGAAUAUUUAGUGGUUUGUGAUCUUCAAGGAAUUGAACUUAAUAAUGAAUUCUUAUUGACUGAUCCAGCAAUACAUUGUAUUGAUCCUUUAAGAUUUGGAAGAACAAAUUUUGGCAAAAAUGGAAUCAAACAGUUAUUCUUGGGAAAUCAUAGAUGUAAUGAUGUUUGUAAAGAGUUAAAAUUGAGUAAAUUGAGUCAAAAAAUGAUUUAGCUUAAAUUUUUUAAUAUUAGGAAUUUUAUGUGUAAUAUUAUCAAAGUAUAAGACUAAUUUUAACCCUGGGUGAUUUUAACCAACCUAUUAGUAAAUUUUAUUUAAUUAUAUAAUUUUGCCCAAAUUUUGUAAAUUAUGGUCACAAUCAAAAACAAGAGACAUUAUCGAGAAUGUAAGAAAACUUGGUCAUUAUACAUUUAUACUCUAUAUUCAAAUGAAUAAAUUUAUAUAAAGUAAAAUGAAUAAUAACACAAAUAAUUUUUUUUUUUUAAAAAAAAAAAUGAUUGAUGUAAAAUAUAAAUUUUAAGGGGGUGAUUUAACCCAGGUUAUUUAAC